AUCUCUUAUAUAUAGAGUACAUCGUGAAACUAAAAUUUUACAUAUUUCAUAGUUGAUUCUAAUUUUAAUUUACUUCAGAAAAAUGGGUUCUAAACUAGCAUUGCUCAUCCAAGGCUUCUUGGUCAUGAUUGUCUUGAUCUCUUUCACAGGGGAAGCUAGGCACUUGGUUGAGGUUGCAACAAAGCAAAAUGACGUGGAUGAUGUUAAAUAUUACUAUAGAACAAGUGGUAAAGAAAAUAAUGAUGUGAGUUCUGAUUGUUUCAUACCAGGUAUUCCAGACAUACCAGGAAUUCCAGGAUGGCCUAGUAUACCAAACAUACCUGGAUGGCCGAGCAUACCUGGAUGGCCUAGUAUACCAAACAUACCUGGAUGGCCGAACAUACCUGAAUGGCCUAGUAUACCAAACAUACCUGGAUGGCCAAGCAUACCUGGAUGGCCCACUAUACCGGGCAUCCCAGGAUGGCCUAAAUGGCCUGGUAUACCAAGUACACCUGAAAUUUCUGUAACACCCAGUUCACCUCUUGAGGCUGAAACACCCAGUUCACCUACAACUCGUGGAACACCCCCUUCACUAGCACCUAGCCCAACUUAUAAAACUCAUGUAACACCCAGUUCAUCCCCUGAGGCUGACACACCUAGUCCACCUAUAACUCCCGGAACACCCCUUUCACUAGCACCUAGCCCAACUUAUAAAACUCAUGUAACACCCAGUUCAUCCCCUGAAGUUGACACACCCAGUCCACCUACAACUCCUGGAACACACCCUUCACCAACACCUGACCCAACUUAUAAAAUUCAUGUAACACCCAGCUCACCACCUAAGGUUGAAACACCCAGUUCACCUACAACUCCUAUAACACACUUUUCACCAACACCUAGCCCAACUUAUAAAACUCAUGGGACACACAGUUCACCUCCUGAGGCAGAAACACCUAGUUUACCUACAACUCCUGAAACACACCCGUCACCAACUCCUAGCCCAACUUAUAAAACUCAUGUAACACACAGUUCACCUCCUGAGGCAGAAACACAUAAUAUACCUCAUAGGGCUGAGACACCUAGUUUACCUACAACUCCUGAAACACACCCUUCACCAACAUCUAGUCCAACUUAUAAAACUUUUGUAACACCCAUAUCACCUCCUGAAAUUCAAAUACCCAACUUAACUCAUGAGACUGAAACGCGUAGUACACCUCAUGAGGCAGAAACACCUAAUUUACCUACAACUCCACACACCCUCACCAACACCUAUCUCAACCUAUAAGAUGUUGUUAAAGUUGUUUUACUAGCAAAAAAAUGAUGUCAAUUGUACCAUCGUGUGAUACUUAUUUGAACACAUUACAGAUGUAUCUGGUAUAGUUAUGAGAAUAUAUUCAAGUGAAAUAUAUUAUUUUAUCACUUUUAAUCA